UGUACUCCGUAGUUCACUUCUCUCCCUCGGCAUACAUACUGUGUACCUACCGAAGCUCAAAAUGCUAAACCCUUGCACAACCCUAAUCUAGUCCUUUUAGCAGAAAGAAAAAACUGAAAGAAUCUGAACAACAAGCUCAGAGAAAAUGGGAAAACUACCACCUUCCUUAAGGUCAGCUAACUUUGCUGUAAACACUCUCAUUAAAACUCCAUCUUCUUCUGUUCCUCACCCAAAAAUCUCAUCUCCACCCCCACCACCAACCUCAAAACCCCAUUAUUUCCCCAAAAUAUCACAAUCACCCAAGAAAAAAACCACAUCAGUUACUCAACAACCCCAGCUUCCUUCUAUUGUAGCCUUUGAUUCAACAACUCUUUCUGAUGCUAAAACCCUUUUCAAUUCCCUCAUUUCCAAUCCCAAAAAUGUACCUUCAGACCCUAAAUUUUAUAAUUCAAUCCUUCAAUCAUUUUCCUCCAAUUCUACCCUCCAAGAUUCAAUCUUUUUCCUUAAUCACAUGAUCAAGACUCACCCAACCUUUUCUCCAGACAGAUUUACAUACCAUGUUCUCCUCAUCCAAUCUUGCAAGUCAGUUGACAAUUCUCUAUCCCCUGUUCAUCAGGUUCUCAAUCUCAUGACUUCCAAUGGUUUCCCACCAAAUAAGGUCUCCACAGACAUUGCUGUGAGGACCCUUUGCUCUUCGAACCACGAAGAGCAAGCCAUUGAGCUGGUGAAAGAACUUUCCUCCAAAGACUCUCCACCUGAUACCUAUACUUACAAUUUUAUUGUCAGGCACCUGUGCAAGAACAGGUCUUUGAGUAGUAUGAAUAGCUUUAUUAAAGAAAUGAGGGAGGGUUUUGAUAUAAAGCCUGAUCUUGUUACUUAUACAAUUAUGAUUGAUAAUGUUUGUAACAGUAAGAAUCUAAGGGAGGCCACUCGGUUGUUGGGGGUGUUGAGUGAGGAAGGCUACAAGCCUGAUUGCUAUGUUUAUAAUACAAUUAUGAAAGGUUAUUGUAUGUUAAGUCAAGGGGGUGAAGUGUUAAGUGUAUACAAGAAAAUGCAGGAGGAAGGAGUAAAGCCUGACCUUGUGACUUAUAAUACUUUAAUCUAUGGAUUGUCGAAAUCGGGAAGGGUGAAAGAUGCUAAGAAGUUUUUGAGUGUUAUGAUGGAGGAGGGCCAUAAUCCGGAUGCAGUCACGUAUACUUCGUUAAUGAAUGGGAUGUGUAGGGAAGGAGAUCCAUUAGGGGCGGUGGCUUUGUUGGAGAGAAUGGAAGCACGGGGCUGUGCUCCUAAUUCAUGUACAUAUAAUACAUUGCUUCAUGGGUUAUGUAAGGCAAGGUUGUUGGAUAAGGGGAUGGAACUGUAUGAUAUUAUGAAGAAGAAUGGUAUGAAGCUUGAGACGGGGUCAUAUGGGACGUUUCUCAGAGCGCUCUGUCGGAAUGGCAGAGUAGCAGAAGCUUAUGACGUUUUUGAUUAUGCAGUAGAGAGCAAGAGUUUGACGGAUGUUGCUGCUUAUACUACAUUGGAGAGCACAUUGAAGUGGCUUAAGAAAGCUAGAGAACAGGGACUUGUCAUUUGACCUCCAUUGCUGUGGCUCUCUGCGUAAAUUAGCUUGGCCUGGCAUGAAUGGAGAAAGUCCUGAUUGAAUGAACGCCUUGCCUACUGGGUCCAAGGCCCAUUGGUUGGAGCAAGCGGCUGAUUGGGCUGGAUAUAGGAGUAAGUCUACAAAUGACUUUCGGGCAGGUCAAUUUGCCCAUUGGUGGCGACACUUAAAAGUUUUAACAAUGGGUAAAUUUUUUGACUAUUGAUCUUGAAGAUUUGUCAUUGGUUGGAUCGACUAUCCCUUAUGGUAGUUUUUUGCAUUAUGUCCGACCCCCACUUUAUGAUUUUAUUAAAAGGGCGGUCCACAUAAAUAAGGCUACAUCAUCCUUGUUGCUCCAUUUCAUGAAAUUCCGAUCUCCACUUUAGUGGGAAUUCUUAUGAUUCUCAGUCACAUGUUAAUGUCUUCUGCUUUUAUAGAAUUUGCGACAAGAAAUCUGCUUGAUUGUCUCAUUGGUUCCUUUGCAGAACAAGUGUAGAAAUUCAAAAUUGCAGUAUGUACAUACAUGGAUAAGGUUCUAUGCUCUGUAUUUUCUGACACUGAAAUCACAUGUUGUGUUAAUUAUCCUAGAUUUCAGUGUA